AUGGCUUUCCCAAGAGGACGGAGGCGGCGCCAGCGCCAUCGCUGCCCACCCCGAGGCCCGAGGAUGCUUCCUAUCUUCGCCUUUGUGCUCGCACCUGUUCCCAUCAUUGCCUUGCCGCAGCCGCCGGCGCAGGUCCGGCAGAAUUACCACCGUGACUGCGAGAUCGCAGUCAAUAACCUGAUCCAACUGCAGCUGUAUGCGUCCUACGUGUACCUGUCUUUGGCCUUCUACUGCGAUCGUCACGAUGUGAACUUGAAAAACUUCUCCCGUUUCUUCCUGCGCCGCUCCCACGAGUGGACCGAUGCCACCGAAAAGCUUCUGUGGAUGCAGAACGAGCGUGGAGGUCGCUUCGCCCUGCGCCGCAUUACCAAGCCAGACCGUGAUGACUGGCACUGCGGCCUCAUGGCCAUGGAGUGCUCCUUGUACCUGGAGAUGACCAUCACUGAGAGCUUCGUGGAGCUGUACCAACUGGCCAUCAGCAAGAGUGACCCGCACCUGUACAACUUCGUGAAACGCCACUGCCUGCGGCCGCAGAUGAAGAACGUGGAGCAGGUGGCUAACUUCCUGACGGAACUGCGGGAAAAGAAGAAUGGGAUGAAUGAGUACCUCUUUGAUAAGCAUGUUCUUGGCAACAUGAAUGAGGACUGA